UUUCGCAUGGGAUUUCGACGAAAAGAGUGGGUUAGGCUGGCAAAUGGAGCUGUGCCAUCGGUGCAUGCAAGUCCACCUGCAAAAUCUGGCGGGAGUGAAGAGUCUAACGUUAAUGUUAGCACUAGCAGAGAAUCUGCGCGUCGAAAACGGGAGCUUUGCACAGCCUGCGGAACUUGUGGCUAUGAGCGUUACUGGCAAAACCAAGAGAAGGUGCAUCGAAACAUGCCUGCCUGCAACCUUUUACUCAGCGGUGCCAUCCACUUCUCAGGUUGCAUGGCUACUCAGACAAUCAGGAUGCUGAAGCUGUUUGGACUGCAGUGCAUAAGUCCCGGCACUUUUUUCCGCCAUCAGCGCUAUUACACUAUCCCUACCAUCGUGCAGGCCUGGAGGAAUGAGCAGAGUGGGAUCAUCAGGGAGUUGAAGGAGACUGGGGGUGGAUUGAUCCUGUCUGGUGACUGCAGAUCAGAUUCUCCUGGACACUGUGCCAAGUAUGGUAGCUACUCCUUGAUUGAGGAUCGAAUUAACAAAGUUUUGGAUGUUCAGCUUGUCCAAAGCUCAGAAGUCCCAAGCAGCUCUUGGUGUGAGCUAGAGGGUCUAAAGCGGAGUAUGCAGUUCCUGAUGGACCAAGACAUGCAAGUGUCUGCUCUGAUAACAGACAGAAAUCGGCAGGUGGCCAAGUGGGUACGUGAGAAAAUGUGUUCAGAAGGAACAAAGCAUUUCUUUGACGUCUGGCAUAUUGGGAAAAGUGUACAGAAAGCACUGGAUGCUGCUGCAAAAGAGAGGGACUGUGAGGAUCUGAAGCUGUGGAGGCCUGCCAUUAUCAACCAUCUCUAUUGGACCUAUGAUAAAUCAUGUACAGGACAUACAUGA